AUGACACCAACCGCCACAGCCCACGAAAAGUACGAUGUGGUGAUUGUAGGAGCCGGUCUCAGCGGCCUCCAAGCAGCCCAAAUCGUGCAAGCAGCAGGCUUCCGAGUAUGCAUCGUUGAAGCCACCGACCGAGUUGGCGGGAAGACAUUGACUGCCAAGUCAUGCGAGAAGGGGUUCAAUGAUCUAGGUGCUUCUUGGAUCAACGAUACCAAUCAAAAUGAGAUGUUCAAGCUCUAUCAGCGGUACAGUAUUGAUACUGAGGUUCAGCGGGACACUGGAUAUACUCUUAUUCAGGCAUCGGAGGGGGACGUUGUGAAGGUGCAGUAUGGAGAGCUUCCUGGCGACUCCGACAUCCUCUCCAAAUUGCUUCAAGUAUUCCGAGACGAAUGUUUGCUGAUAGACUUGGACAACCCGACAAAUUCUCCUCGCUCCAAAGAAAUCGACCAACUUACAUUCCGCGAAUUCUGCAUCCAAAAGACCCAAUCUGAUAGUGCGGUCACCAUCGCGGAUGUCCUCUCAGUCUCGUUACUCGGAGUCGAGAGAAACCAAACCAUCGCCCGGAAGAUGGCCGAAGAGCUAGGUCCCGAUGUUAUCUUCCUCCGCAUGCCCGUGAUCUCCGUUGAUCAGGUCAGACACGGACACUGCGAGGUAAAGACACAAGGAGGCACAACCUUCCGCUGCAAACGAGCCAUCGUAUCCGUGCCCACCAGUCUCUACCACAAAAUCACAUUCCAUCCUCCCCUGCCAGAGAAAAAGGCCAUCCUAGCCGAUAACACCACCACAGGCUACUACACCAAGCUAGUCUACAUCUUCAAGGAACCUUGGUGGCAGAACGCCGGGUUCUCAGGAGUCCUCGAUUCCGAAAAGGGACCUAUCAUUUUCACUCGAGACACGAGCGUCCCCGUCGACGAUCAGUGGGCUAUUACUUGCUUUAUGGCUGGUGAUAAAGGACGAGAAUGGUCUAAGUUACCUCGCGCAUCCCGGUAUAAGCUAGCCUGGGAGCAAUUCAGCCGGGCGUUUGGGGAGUACGUUGAUGUCCCUCGGCCGGUUAAUGUUCUGGAGAUGGAGUGGACGAAAGAAGCUUAUUUCCUUGGUGCGCCUUGCCCGAUUACAACGCCGGGUAUUUUAUCCAUUGUGGGAAAUGAAAUCGCUGCUCCAUUUGGGAGUGUGCAUUUUAUUGGUACGGAGACUUCUCAUGUCUGGCGUGGGUAUAUGGAAGGGGCUGUUCAGUCUGGUCAGCGGGGAGGUGCUGAAGUGGUUGAGGCUUUGUCGAAGGAUUUGACUUACAGUCUUUGA